UUGGCAGACGUCAAGAAACAAGGCGGUGCUCGUACUCCACUUCAGGAGAGAGGGGUCAUAUCCCACAAAGCAGCAGCAUUACCUCCUGGGUGAAGCUCUGCCCGCCAUGUACACUGCAGUUUGCGCGAUCAGCAGCAUGGAGGUAACCAAAAGAGAGGACCGCUUCGCCGAGCAUGCUGUCUCUUUGACUGGGGCACCAGAGCUGGAGAGUCAAGGGAGAAACAAUGAACGGAGAAGAAAGAGGAAUUACCACUGUAAAGUUAUUACUGGGGUUCUGCUGCUGUGCUUACUGGUGGUCAUCCUGGCCGUGGCGUUGUCUCUGAGGAAAAGCAGUGAUGCCAAAGUUGAAAAUGAGCUCUGGCUGUCCACCCCCCUGGAACAAGACGUCCAGAAGCCAAAGUGUCCCCCUGGUUUCUCCAAGCCUCCUCUCAUCCUGGUGUCCUUGGACGGGUUCAGGGCAGAGUACCUGAAAGAUCACGGCAGCCACCUUCCUGUCAUCAACAAGUUACGAAACAGCGGGACAACACCUCCCUACAUGAGGCCUGUUUAUCCCACAAAGACCUUCCCCAACCACUACAGCAUUGUGACUGGUCUUUAUCCCGAGUCCCAUGGGAUAGUGGACAACAAGAUGUACGAUGUGAAUCUAGACGCUUUCUUCAGCUUGAAAACUGACGAGAAACUCAACCCAAAAUGGUACCAAGGAGAGCCAAUCUGGAUCACUGCCAUGCGUCAGAAGUUAAAAGCAGGAACCUUCUUCUGGCCUGGCUCAGAUGUAAAAAUAAAUGGCACCUACCCAAGCUUGUACAAGUCCUAUGAUAAGACAAUUACAUUCGAGCAGAGAGUGUCAACACUGUUUGAAUGGCUCAGUUUACCUGAAGGGGACAGACCUGACUUCUACACUUUGUAUCUGGAGGAGCCUGACGCGGCUGGACAUCGAUACGGACCAGGGAGCAGCGAGGUUGUUGAGGCCUUGAAAAAUGUGGACAGGAUUGUGGGGCUGAUGAUGGACGGCCUGUUAAAGAAAAACCUGCACCACUGUGCCAACAUUAUAAUCGUAUCAGACCACGGAAUGGAGGAGGCUUCGUGUGAAAAGGCAUUCUAUGUGUCAAACUACCUGAACAAUACAGAGAACUUUUCUGUCAUCCAAGGCCCUGCUGCUCGCAUCAGACCCACCCGCCUGCCAGAGGAUUUCUUUGACUUCGACUAUGAGGGCGUGAUGACGAAUCUGUCGUGCAGGACCGAUGACCAGCCAAUGAAGCCCUUCCUCAAAGAAAACCUCCCCAAGAGGAUGCACUUUGCCAAAAACGAACGCAUCGAGAGAGGACACCUCUACAUGAAGCAGGGGUGGCAGGCUGCGCUUAAUCAGAAGGAGCUGAAGUACUGCACCGGUGGAUUCCACGGCUCAGACAACAUCUUCACCAGCAUGCAGGCGAUCUUCAUUGGCUACGGUCCAGGAUUCAAAGAAAACGCUGUUGUGCCCCCCUUUGAAAACAUUGAGUUGUAUAACCUCAUGUGUGACCUCCUGCUUAUUCGUCCCUCUCCGAACAACGGGACUCACGGCAGCCUGAACCACCUUCUGAAGCGUCCCUUCCACCUGCCGGUCAACCCAGCGCAGCUCUCAUACGACACCCCCUGUGAGACCUCUGACCCCGCCCCCACCGACCUGCAUUGCUCCUGUGCGUCCCAGGACCAGGCCACGGAGACGGAACUCAACAGAAAACUCAUAGCAACUAAUUCCAGUGUUAAAGCCAUCUUACACUACCACCACCAUCACUUUGGCAUCCCCAAAGUCGUCCAAUCAGGCGCCAGCUUUUGUCUCCUCCACCAAUCCAACUACAUCAAUGGAUACAGCAAAGACCGCCUGAUGCCCCUGUGGGUGUCGUACACCCUCGAGCCUCUGACCACAGUCCGACCCCUGAGCCCAGAGUUCGAGGAGUGUGUUCGUGCUGACGUCCGCACCCCCACGGCCGCCAGCCAGCUGUGUCCGCGCCAAGGAAACCACCCAAGCCUGUCCUUCGGCCUGCUGCAUCCCCCCAAUCUGGGUGCCAACGGAGCAGAGACAGAAUCUCUAAUCACGAGCAACAUGGUACCAAUGUUCCUUGCAUUCAAAGAUGUUUGGACCCAUCUCCAUAAUGUCCUGCUUCCAAAAUAUUCCAAAGAGCUGAACGGAGUCAACGUCAUGAGCGGGCCGAUAUUUGAUGAAGACUACGAUGGAAACGUUGAUGCACUCAAAGCCAUCUCAGGGAAUGAGGCUCCCGUCCCGACGCAUUUCUUCGUGAUCCUGACGAAGCUGAGGAACUCCGAACCUUCCAGCCUGUUAGCUGGUCGGCUGCUGAGGGUCGAGUCGCCUUCCCUCCUCGCCCCACCCAGACCUGACUUACCGGAUGAGCUGCGCCUGUGGGGACUGAAGAGGAGGUCUGCGUUCAGUAAAGAGGGAGGGUUCAAGAGACGAAGAGAAGGAGGAGGAGGAGGAGGAGGAGACAGGAACAAAAAGAAGCCAGUGAAGCAGAGAGAGACAGAGAGAAGGCAGCAGUGA